AUGGAGUUCUCAAAUGAUGGAAAUUCAAUCUUUCACCGCUUGCAGACCGCCUUCGUUCACGAUGGACAGGGACAGCUGCUGUACUGCAGCGGGCCGCAAAAGGCUAGGGUACAGGAGCAAUGGGCCGCGAUCGAGCACUACCUUCCGAGCCGGGCGGCAACAGGCGAGGCACAAUUUGGGUCUGCAGAUCUCAGUGGCACUUUUGAGGGCCUGAGGUUGUAUGAGAUGCACAACGCCAAGUUCAACAACACGUCCGGGAUCAUCAUCGACAGCUCAUCCCAGCAAUCCACACUCAGCACACAGUUCGAGGAGUUCUUUGCUCAACUACUCCUCGACCAAGCUGACUUUGCUAUUCGCGACCCAGAGCUCAUCAUCUCGCCUCAGAAUGAUUCCACACCCAUCACAGAAAAGAUCGUCGACCUCUUUGACAGUUUCUUGAGGUAUCAAGGCAAAGAUGACCAGUGGGAGGCUACCGGACGCGCCUACUUCUCAGACCGUGUUCAGCACUUCACCUCGCAGCGGGCCCCCAUCGAGCUCUGCCUCCCUGCCUUUCCUUGCAAAUCCUCAAACACCAACAAAGUCCUCGGUAAGGCUCCCGACAGAGGAGAGCAGCUGGCCUUGGAGCGUCUUCAUAGCUUUGUUGAGGAGAUUGAGAGCGUUUAUCAGCCCGGUGCCAAGCUGUGGAUUAUCAGUGACGGUCACGUCUUCAGCGAUUGCAUUGGCGUUGAUGAUGCCGAUGUCGACACGUAUGGCGAGCAGCUGAAGGAAAUGAACCACGCCGUCGGUCUUCGUCGAGGAAACACCAGCCGCGUUGGUUUCAAGUCGCUUGUUGAUCUCUUUGAGUUGAACGAAACCAAGCCUCAAACCAAGCUCUCGGAGCUUGCUGCCAAGAUUGGAAUUCCUUCAAUUGCUCACCAUGUUCAAACUGGCCACACAGUCGAAGCAGAGCUUUCGCGACAGAUCUUGAUGGCUGGCUGCCAGCCUCAGGAAUCAGCAGUGCGAGCCAAGAUCAAGUCCCAGAAUGCAGCCAUCCUGGCGCUAUAUCGUGGAUUCUCCCGCUUCAUGUUGGAAGACCUUGAGCUUCAUCCCUUCACUCAGAAGAUGACCCGGACGCAACAAAAGAAACUGUCUACAAAGGUGGCGUUCGAAAUGAUUAUGCGCAAUCAGGCAUAUUCCAAUCUCGUGGAACUUCUUUUCCCCAACUAUGUUCGCCUUUCUAUUCAUGCUCACAACAAUGCUGGACCCAAAUUUGGCAUUCAGCUCUUCGACCCUGCAGUUGUCAGAGUUGUGGAGGGUCUGUCGCCCGACGGGUUUCCAAUGACCUCUCGUGAUCUUCUUCACAUUCCUACUCCCUGGCACAACUGUGUGGUAGAGAUUGAGGGUAGCCCUUAUCUCCUUGUUACCAAGGCCAGCAUUCCAAAAAAGGCCAUGGAGAUGGGUGCAAUGACUGGAGGUAUCUCCAAUGUCAGCGGUGCAUCUUUCGUCUUGCGCCCGACAAGCAAGACGGCAGUGGCCGAGAAGGAAGAAAAGAAGGAAGCAUUGGUCGCCGCUCCCGAAAAGCCUUUUGGCAUCACGCGAAGAAUGUCAUUGAAGCCUGUCAAUGGCCAAAAAAGCUUCGACUGGACCCGAAGGCUGGCGGCGCUUCCCAUUCUCGGUUGGAUUGGAGCUUUCUUUUAUCAUCGCUUUGUGGAGACGUUUGCUUAA